AUGUUUUCUUGUGAUCUACGAAUCGACACAAGAAACAGUCGACAAGAGUGUUUAUUCCAAACACAUCGCUGUGCCAAAACCUAUGCAAAUGCAUCGUUUUUACCCAUAAAUCCAAAUGAAAAUUUGACGGGUGUUGUGACGGGUAGUGGUGGAACACCAACGUUACGAAUGCAAAUCCUUGAUGGUCAUGGUAUUGACGGUGAGGUUCUCACGAAAGCUAGUGUUGGGCAGAAAUUGACGCUCGAUGUGGAACUUAAAAAUGCAGGUUGGACAUAG